AUGGUGAAAGAGUGUCUCGAUUACGACAUCGGCCGAAUCCACUACAUCGGACCGGACAAGCAUCCCGAAUUCACCGUGUACAAAGGCAACAAAUACUUCAGGAUAACCAUCGGUGAUGUGAGAAGAUACCACAGAUUCUACAAGAAAUACAAAGCACGCCUCCGAAAAUCAAAUCACCCGUCGCACAGAGAGCUAAAGGAUGCUAAGCACAGUGUCUACCGAUGCAUUUUGAGGUACUGCGGUGUGAAUAAAUUGGCCCCUCCAAUCGAUUAUACCAAGAUCCACAUAGUCGAGGACUGCUUCAAUAAGCUCGAAGCAGUUGGAUGCUGUAUAGACUGGACCAAGGAAGGUGGCUUCAGAUUCAAGACACCAGAACCCAUCAGCAACGAGGUUGAAUUCAAAGGCAUAGCCAUCCCCGAUGCCGUGGCGACUGGAUAUCCAUGGCUUCCUGCAUAUAAUCUCAGGGACAUCACAGUUAAAUUGGACCCUGAUCCAAAAUCCGUCAUUCCUAAGAAGGUGUCUCUGGUUGAACAACCUAAUGAGGCCCUCUACUUCAAGAUGCUCACGGGAAGGGACAAAUUGGAUCUGAUCUGCUCUUAUAAUGAGGUCGAGAGCUAUACGAAGCUGUGGGACUCUGGGAUUUACGAUGAACCGCUUUUUUUAGGGGCUCGUGUUGUUGGUGUGGCGCAGGACUGCAGCAAAAAGGUGUUUGGUCUUCUUUUGUUGUACAUCGAGGGUUCUACUCUCAGUGAUGUGAUGCGGGAUGGACGACCGUUGCCGGAUAAAGAACGCCGGGAUAAAUGGUAUUGGCAGAUCAAGAAUAGUUUGAAGAUUCUUCAUCGGAGGGACUUGCUUUGGGGAGAUCCUAAGGCUGAUAAUGUGCUCAUUGAUGUGAAUGAUGAUGCUUGGUUGAUUGGUUUUGGGAAAACCUGUACGCCCCCGUGGGUGGAUAGGCGGGCAGAUGGUACGCUUGAAGGGGAUAAACAGGGAGUUAGGCGCUUGAAGAAGAUACUGCUUUGA